AGAGCCGUUCAAAAAGAGCCGUUCGUUCGCGAAGGAGCCACCACUACCACUUUCUACAUUACAGCCGCUACACUUCAGGAGCUGCUGUCUUUCAAAACGUGGUGUAGGAAUAUUUUGUCAACUUGUCUUUGCACAGGACCCAGGUCUGUAAACAUUCUGUUUUACAGAAUAUCCCGGGCGUGCUCUACGCUGGCGAAAAUGGAGGGGUUUCUACAGAGAUGUAGCGCUGCAAUAAAGGGCAAUGCGGAGGGAAGCUCUGGGAUCCACGUCAUCCUUGGCAACGAGGCCUGUGACCUCGACUCCAUGGUGUCGUCCCUUGUCUUUGCCUACUUUCUGUCCAAAACGUCUGGCAGCUCAGGUAAGACUGUGGUGCCGGUGCUGAACAUCCCGAGGGCUGAGUUCCCCCUGCGGUCCGACAACGUGUUCCUACUGAAGGAGAGCGGUGUUCCGCCGGAGGCUCUGGUGUUCCGUGACGAGGUGGACCUGGCAGGGCUCCAUAGAGCCAAGAGGUUGAUGCUCACCCUGGUGGACCACAACGUGCUUCCUAGUGCCGACAUCGACUUGGAGGAGGCAGUUGUGGAAGUCAUUGACCACCACCACCUCGAGAGGACACCCUCCAUGUCCUGUUCCGUCACCGUGGAAACCGUGGGUUCCUGUGCUACCUUGGUGACAGAGCACAUUCACCACAAGGCACCUGAAGUGCUAGACAGACAGGUGGCCCAAUUACUAUACGGGGCCAUCGUGCUGGAUUGUGUCAACAUGGCCCCUGAGGCGGGCAAGGUCACACCCAAGGACAGCCAACUGUCCUUCCUGCUGGAGUCGCGUUUCCCUGACCUGCCGCCCAGGGGCGCCCUCUUCAAGUCCCUACAAAGCGCCAAGUUUGACAUCUCAGGUCUUUCUACAGAGCAGAUCCUGCUAAAGGACAUGAAGGCUGUCUCUGGGGGCGACCUGAGACUGGCAGUCAGCGCUGUGUACAUGACACUAGAUGUGUUCCUACAGCGGAGGAGCCUACAACAGGAGCUUUGUGAGUUCUGUCACAAACAUCGUUUUGGUGCGGUGGUCGCCAUGACAAUCUCUUUCAACGAACGCGGUGAGCCCCAUCGGCAGCUGGCGGUCUACAGCUCCAGCACCCUCUAUAGGGAGGAGGUGAGCCAAGCAUUAGAAAAGGCGCGCAACCCCUCUCUGAGCUUCUCUCCAAUGAGCAGCCCCUUCAACAACAUCAAGUCCUAUCUCCAAGGCAACGCACUGGCCUCCCGUAAGAAAGUGCUGCCUAUCCUCAAGAACUUCCUGAAGGAGUGGGACAGAAAGCAAGUGCAUUGUGAGGAGGCGGAGGACUUUGAGGAGCUGGACGACCACGUUGACCCCACGGGGUCGCCUAGUUUCGAUGACGACGCCCGGCCCCGCUGCUUCUCAGCCUCCCGGCACCACCGCCGCCGCCUGCUGGGCACCGAGGACUCUUGGACGGAGGAGGACUUCCAGGUGCCGGCCACUCCCAUGAACAGCCUGGUGGAGGGCUGUCCGCUGGACGCCGGCCUGCCACGGAUCAGCGCAGAAGCCAUUUUGGAGAAGUUCAGCCGCAUGGGAGGGGAAGCAGGGGAAAAUAAAGAUGGCAACUGGCCAGGUGAACAAUAACCUUCUGUUGAUGCCUUUUAACCCUAGUACCCCUGGCUGACUGUCCUCGUGCACCUCAAUCCAACCAACAGACUAUAACAAGGAGUGUUCAAAGUUCAGAAGCAUAUCAAUCAUAAGGGACAUCUCAUAGCAAAUUAUAAUGACAAUCUAAAGGGGCCAUGUACAGUAACUCACUCACUGGUUAUAUAGCAAUCCUAGGUUUGCUAUCGGCAGCUCCGUUGACAUUGACUGGAAACAGGUCCCUGUUCAGGAGGAACAAAACAGAACAAAACGUUCCGAAACAGGGAGGUACUAUCUGAACUAAGAAAUGCUUGUUUUUGUUUUCCGUUGCAACACGUUUUGCUACGGUGUGCCCGAAUGAACACAACCCUGGACUACUGUGGCCGUCAGACUGAUCACCGAGCUCUUAUGGAUGCUUUACUCAAGUCAGGACUAACAACACCAUAGAACAUUAUGAAGAAUAGGAUAUUCUCCUAAAAGACUGGCAACCGGAUGAAAAAAAGGGAUGACUAGCAGUACUGUAUCAAGGACUCCAGAUGGAGGUUGAAUGAAGUGUGUGUUCUCUCUUAAACGCAUCCGAGUACAUGGGACUGCCUCAUUGGUUAGUCAGUGCCAUCGCCAAGUGUAGGGGGAGUGGAUUGGAAAUGUGGAGAAUACAUAAUGGACUAACUUAAUUAAUCUUUGAAGGGCCUAUUUCAAUGUCACAGGCAUUUGAGUGAACCUUUAUGAUGAGGGAGAAUCUUGCAGUGGAGAAUGACUUCAUCCAUUAUGACAGCAUGUGUUUCAGUAGUCCUGGUCCUGGAAGACUGCUGAGUCUGCUGGUUUUUAGUGCAACCAAUCUAUGUACAGCUUCAUAAGUGCGUUAUUGGGCUGAUGAUUGAACGCGUGAUAUCUCCUGACGUGUGUGUGUUCGUGUGUAUGGAGUUUUCUUGGUUAAUGUCUUGAUGACAUUAUCACCAGUCCCACAGUUCUCCUGAUUGUCGGAAUCCAUCUGAAAAGGAGGAAGAAUUCACAUCCUCCCCACAAAAAGAGAGAGAGAGGUGGAUAGAUAGAUACCAGAUGAUGGAUGCAACUCUGCUGCUCGUUUAUGCAUACGAACCUCCUGCCCCCGUUCAGAGAUCUCUCUCACUGAGAUGUAGAUCACAAUGCUACCUCAGCUGUCCAAAUAUACUUAUCAUCUAGAAUCACCAUUGAUUAUGUUACCAGUGAGGAAUUAGCCUGAUCCGAGAUCUGUUUGCGUUCUUGCCAACCCCUAUCAUCAGAGUUGACUAUACAGCACCAACAGAUCUGGGACCGAGUUAGUGAGGAAUUGCUCUGAUCUGUAAUCUGUGUCGCAUACCCAGAGAGCCUCGUGGCGGUUCAUUUGAGGAAACAUUAGUUCAGAUGUCUGCUUCAUUAGCUGGCUGUAGUUGGGCCUGAGGAGUAGUUUUCAACGUACUGUACCACAGAGAUGUGCAAACACACCCAGGCAAACCCACAUACAGAUGAAUGCAUAGACACAAACACAUUGGCUGCUAUGCAUGGUAAUGAUGUUAAGGCUGGUGCCUUGUCAUGUUUUUAUCGUUGUGGAUGUGGAGUCUGUUUGGGUAGACCUCUGUUCACUACAUACAGUACACUGCAGCUCUAAUGUUAUGUAGUUGGUGUGAACAUCUUCAAAUUCAGUUGGCCAAGUGAAACUGAGCACAAGACAGUGACACUAUUCCAUUUCAUUCUCUGGUCUCUUCCCUUGGAUCCUACCGUUUCAGUGUUCCCAGAUCACAAGGUUUCGAUACGUGGAAGUAAUAAGAUGAUGGCUUCCUCUGAUAGGGUAUGUGAAGCUUUCACCAUAUUACUCUCACCUAUCCAGUCCUUUAGGAUCUUGGAUCAAUUGCAGGGAGGAUGGUAGGGACUAAAAUUGUAUUUUGUUAUAAUUUAACUUGAUAUCUUUGACAAAAGAAAACAUCUUUAAGUGUUGACUAGCGCUGUGUUGAACCAUUUAAUUAAGAUAUUAAAUGAAGAUACUUGAUUAUAUAAAUCAACCAUGCAGUUUCAUUGAUAUCCUCCCUACAUCAGUGAGAAGGUAUGUUCAGUCACCUAGUUUAUAGUUAAACAAUAUAUGGCGUCUAAGCUAGCAUGGUAUUGAUAAUGUGUUUGCUAAUAGACAUACUCUGAAAGAUUUCUAUAUUGAGCCUCAGGUAUUAAGGAUUUGGCAGUCAUUGGCUUGUAGAUGUUCAGCAAGCUUAGAUUUUUUUAAAUGUUUUGCCAGCUAAACAUGCAUGAGCAAAUUUGUUUUUGACAAUGUCAACACCAAUGUACUGUAUCUUGUAUCCCAAAUCCGUUGUUCCCAAGAGGGGUCACAAAAAAGCAAAGCUAAUUAUGUUUGUCUUCUUUUUUAUAUCUCCACAUACCUUUUGUGGAAGUGUUUCAUGGGAAAUGUAUUUACAAUGCAAUGGCUCAGUGACUGUGCAGUUUAAUAUGAACCUCUCUGGGCUAGGCGGGACGAAUUCGUCCCACCUACGUAACAGCAAGUUGAAUCCUGUGGCGCGAUUUUCAAAACCUUUGAAAUGCUAUUACUUCAA